CUUGUUUUCAACAGCUGACAAUUGUUUGGACAAGCUAGAAAAAACAAUACAAUUGCAAAAUUAAUAAAAAAUGCAAUUAUUAAAUAGAAUACCAACAAUAGUAAAGCAAAUUAAGCUCAGACCUCUAUUUAAACGUACUACCAUUGCAAUCUGUAACAACAACAAAGAUAAGAACGACAGUCUGACAAGCUUUCAGGGCAUUUGGCCAGCUAAGGAGCAACAGGAGUUUGUGCAGCACAUGCGCAUCAUCAGGGGCUUUAUAAGUGAAGCCGAGGAAAAGCAGCUGCAUGAGGAAAUCGAGCCCUAUAUGAGCCGCUUACGUUAUGAGCGCGAACAUUGGGAUGAUGCAAUACAUGGCUUUCGGGAGACAGAACGCAAGAAAUGGUAUCCAAGCAAUCGACAAGUCUUGGAGCGCGUGCGACAGGUGGCUUUCGAGGGCGAAAUAAUGCAAUUUGUGCAUAUACUCGAUCUGGAGGCCGAUGGUGUCAUAAAGCCACAUGUAGACAGCACACGCUAUUGUGGUAAUACUAUCGCUGGCAUAAGUCUGCUCAGCGACAGUGUUAUGCGUUUGGUACGAACAGAUGCUCAGAAGUAUCAACAAGGUAGUACAAGCUCCAAGGAUGAGCAAGCCAUUGAUAAUGAUUACCGCCACCAGCCUAUAACCUCACUGGAGAACAAUUUUUAUGCGGAUUUUUUGCUUCCACGCAGAUCACUUUAUAUAAUGAGCCACACGGCUCGCUAUAAUUUCACUCAUGAGAUACUGGCCAAUGAGCACUCAAAGUUUUUGGAUAAGCCCAUUGUGAAGACGCGUAGAAUUUCCAUUAUCUGCAGAAAUGAGCCUUAAAAUACAAAUGGACUGUAAUAUAUUGUUUAUUUA